AUGUCUGACUCGGCCAAGGAGUAUCUCACUAACAAGUUUUACGGGGAGCCCUUUCUUCCGAAGGACUUCACACUGUUAGCCUACUUUAUCAAUAUCAAAAUUCAGGGUCUUAUUUAUGAGAAUUAUUUUGAUAAUGUUAACCACAAGUGGAACUGGUUUUCCAUAACUAAAGAUAUUAUUAUCUCUCAUAUUUUGUUCCAUUAUAUUAGUAAGCUUUACUUAUUUGUCCGAGGAUAUGGCAUUAUUAGGACACUUGAAAUUGGUUAUCAUACAAUAAGCAGAAAGUUCUUCAUAUUAAUAAUGUCUUUGCCGCCAAUCAAGAGUAAAGUGCAGAAAGAAUUGGAACCAACUGUGCAAAAGAUCGAGCAAGAGUUGAUGAAAAAUGAUGCUGACUUGUUACAGACAUCCCAAUUACCUAAAACAGGCUUGUCAAACGAUGAGAUUACUGGUGAGCUCGAAAAGUUGAAAGCUUUAAAGCAUUCUGAUUGGGAAAAUGGAAGGGUCAGCGGUGCUGUGUACCAUGGCGGUGAUGAUCUUUUGGAAUUGCAAACUAAAGCGUACCAUGAAUACGCUGUAGCGAAUCAAUUACAUCCUGAUGUUUUUCCCGGUGUUCGCAAAAUGGAAUCCGAAGUUGUAUCAAUGGUCUUAAAUCUUUUUAAUGCGCCGAAGUCUGGGUGUGGCUCCACCACAUCAGGAGGUACUGAGUCUUUAUUGUUGGCUGGUUUAGCAGCAAGAGAAUAUGGAAAGCGACAUCGUGGAAUCACUGAACCCGAAAUUAUUGCUCCUUCAACCGUUCAUGCUGGUAUUGAUAAGGCAUGCUAUUAUUUCGGAAUCACAUUGAGGAAGGUAGACCUUGAUGCAGAUACGUAUAAAGUUGAUAUUAAUAAAGUAAAGAAACAUAUAAAUAGAAAUACAAUUUUACUCGUGGGUUCUGCACCAAAUUAUCCUCAUGGCAUAAUUGAUGACAUCGAGGCCUUGUCAAAAUUAGCAGUAAAGUAUAAAAUUCCAUUACAUGUUGAUGCAUGUUUAGGAUCAUUUAUUGUGCCUUUCUUAGAAAAAACAAAAGUGCAUGGCGACAAAAGAAUUCCAAUAUUUGAUUUUCGUUUAGAAGGUGUCACUUCAAUCUCUUGUGAUACUCAUAAAUAUGGAUUUGCUCCCAAGGGUUCUUCUAUAAUAAUGUAUCGUAAUCCAAAAUUAAGGGAAUGUCAGUAUUAUGUUCUGACGGAUUGGAUUGGAGGUUUAUAUGGCUCGCCCACUCUUGCAGGAUCUAGACCCGGCGCUUUAAUGGUGGGUUGCUGGGCCACUUUACUAAGCAUUGGAGAGAACGGUUAUGCUAAGCUAGGGUAUGAUAUUGUUAAGGCAUCUAUGAAGGUCAAGGAAAGUAUUUUGAACGAUAGUGCAUUAAACAAGUACUUAGAAGUCAUUGGCGACCCUAUAGGCUCAGUUAUUGCAUUUAAAUUUAAAGAUGAGUAUUCUGAGUACCUAAACAUAUAUGACUUGGGUGACUCUUUGAACUCAAAAGGAUGGCAUUUCGCGGCUUUGCAAAGUCCUGCUGCCCUUCACUUUGCCUUCACGAAACUUACUGUACCUAUUGUUGAAGAACUCAUUGAAGACUUAUUAUACACAGUUGAAGUUCUAGUCCAGAAAAUGGAUACCAGCGAAAAAAAUAAAGCAACGAGCGAUACUGCCGCAUUUUAUGGCGUUGCAGGAAGUGUCAAAACUGUGGGGGUUGCUGAUAAGUUAAUUGUCGCAUUCUUGGACACUUUGUAUAAAGUUUAG